AUGGCAGUACAUCAGGACAGCGAAGAGGAUUGGGAGAAAACUGGCCAGCCUAACUGGCGAGGCCUUGGUCUAACAGACCCCAUUAAGAAUGUUGAGGACAAGUGGCUGCUGUUGCCGGCAUUCUUGAAGGUGAAGGGUCUGGUCAAGCAGCAUAUCGAUUCCUUCAAUUACUUCGUGGACGUGGACAUCAAGAACAUCCUGAAGGCAAACAACAAGGUGACUUCAGAUGUCGACCCGCGCUUCUGGCUCAAAUACACCGACAUUGCCGUAGGCUUUCCAGACCGAACAGAUGCUGACGCAAUCGACAAAAGCGUUACGCCUCACGAAUGUCGUCUGAGGGACACGACGUACAGCGCGCCGAUUCUGGUGACCAUCCAGUAUACGCGCGGAAAGAAUGUCGUGCGUCGAGCCAACGUCAACAUUGGUAGACUGCCCAUCAUGCUCCGGAGCAAUAAGUGCGUAUUGACUGGAAGAAAUGAGGCGCAGCUGGCCCGAAUGACCGAAUGUCCUCUCGACCCAGGCGGGUACUUCAUCGUGAAGGGAACAGAGAAGGUUAUUCUUGUCCAAGAGCAGUUGAGCAAGAACCGUAUCAUCGUGGAGAUAGAUCCGACAAAGGGCGUCGUCCAGGCUUCCUGUACAUCAUCGACUCACGGAGGCUUGAAGUCGAAGACGUACGUUGCAACGAAGAAGGGGAAAAUAUACUUGCGCCACAAUUCAAUACAUGAAGACGUCCCCAUUGUCAUCGCGCUUAAGGCGCUAGGAAUUCAAUCGGAUAAGGAGAUACUUCUGCUUACUGCAGGCAAUCACGAGGCGUACAAGUCGGCUUUCUCUCCGAAUCUAGAGGAAGCUGCCAAGUUGGGCAUCCUCACACGCCAUCAGGCUCUGGAGUACAUCGGCUCACGCGUCAAGGUGAACCGUAGGGUGAUGGGUCCCAGGAGGCCCGCUUGGGAAGAGGCUUUGGAGGCACUUGCGACAAUCGUGCUAGCGCAUGUUCCUGUACGUGGUCUUGACUUCCGUUCCAAGGCUAUCUUCGUCGCAACCAUGACAAGACGGGUCUUGAUGGCGAUGGAUGACGAGAAGAUGGUUGAUGAUAGGGAUUAUGUCGGAAACAAGCGUCUGGAGCUGGCGGGACAACUUCUAGCCUUGCUGUUUGAGGACCUCUUCAAGACUUUCAACGCCAAUCUUAAAUCAGCAAUCGAUAAGGUCCUCAAGAAGCCAUCUCGGACUAGCGAGUUUGACGCGUUUAAUACAAUGCAGUUUCAAGGGGACCAUAUCACUUCAGGGUUCGCGCGCGCUAUCUCCACUGGAAAUUGGUCGCUUAAGCGAUUCAAGAUGGACCGCGCAGGGGUCACGCACGUCCUAAGCAGGCUAUCGUUCAUCUCCGCCCUCGGCAUGAUGACGCGCAUUUCCUCGCAGUUUGAGAAAACGCGCAAGGUCAGCGGUCCGCGAGCGCUUCAGCCUAGUCAAUGGGGUAUGCUUUGUCCUAGCGAUACCCCCGAGGGUGAAGCAUGUGGAUUGGUCAAGAAUCUCGCGUUGAUGACGCACAUCACCACGGAUGUGGAAGAAGAGCCAAUCAUUCGGAUAGCUUUCAUGCUCGGCGUUGAAGAUAUUAGCCUCGUUACUGGGGCAGAAAUCUACAGCCCUAACACAUUCGUCGUGAACGUUAAUGGCACAAUCAUCGGGCUCACACGCUAUCCGACCCGGUUCGUUCAGAACUUCCGCAAACUGCGGAGAGCUGGGCGCUUUAGCGAAUUCGUGAGCGUCUACAUCAAUCACCACCAUCGGACGGUGCUUAUUGCAAGCGACGGUGGGCGGAUCUGUCGACCCAUAAUCAUCGUUGAGAAUGGGCAGCCUCGGAUUACUUCGGAUCAUAUACUGCAAUUAAAGAAGGGCCUUCUUACGUUUGAUGAUUUCCUUCGCAAGGGUCUGGUCGAGUACCUUGACGUCAAUGAGGAGAAUGACUCCUACAUAGCGCUGUAUGAGCGCGAUAUCGUCUUAAGCACAACACAUUUGGAAAUCGAGCCCUUCACACUGCUUGGUGCGGUGGCAGGCUUGAUCCCUUAUCCGCACCACAAUCAGUCCCCGCGUAACACCUAUCAAUGCGCCAUGGGUAAGCAAGCAAUUGGGGCGAUUGGCUACAACCAGCUCAACAGGAUUGAUACGCUGCUGUACCUGUCGGUCUAUCCACAGCAGCCGAUGGUGAAGACAAAAACAAUCGAGCUCAUUGGCUAUGAUCGCCUGCCUGCAGGACAGAAUGCAACGGUGGCGGUCAUGAGCUACUCAGGGUACGAUAUUGAGGAUGCCCUCAUUUUAAACAAGGCUAGCUUGGAUCGUGGCUACGGGAGAUGUCAGGUGCUCCGCAAGAACGCGACGCUCAUUCGCAAGUACCCCAACGGAACAUUCGACCGCCUGGCUGAUGCUCCGGUCGAUGACAAUGGCAACAUCGCAAAGAAGUUCGACAUCAUCCAAGUGGACGGCCUCGCCGGUGUAGGGGAACGUGUCGACCCGGGCGAUGUCUAUAUCAACAAGCAGACACCUACUAAUGCCAACGACAACACUUUCACCGGCCAGGCAGCGACAGUGCCAUACAAGAAUGCCCCCAUGACCUACAAAUCGCCGGUCGCGGGGUACAUCGACAAGGUUAUGAUUAGUGACACGGAAAAUGAUCAGACGCUACUUAAAGUGCUGAUCCGUCAGACGCGGCGGCCGGAACUGGGCGACAAGUUCUCAUCUCGGCACGGGCAGAAGGGAGUCUGCGGUCUGAUCGUCAAUCAGGAGGAUAUGCCGUUUAACGAUCAAGGCAUCGUGCCUGACACUAUCAUGAACCCUCACGGUUUCCCCUCGCGUAUGACAGUCGGUAAAAUGAUAGAGCUGCUGGCUGGCAAGGCAGGGGUACUAGCCGGCAAGCUGCAGUAUGGUACGGCAUUCGGCGGGUCCAAAGUUGAAGACAUGUCUCGAAUUUUGAUUGAAAAUGGAUUCAGUUAUGCUGGCAAAGAUAUGUUAACAAGCGGAAUCACUGGAGAGCCACUAGAAGCAUACGUGUACUUUGGUCCCAUCUAUUAUCAGAAACUGAAACACAUGGUCAUGGACAAGAUGCAUGCGCGUGCAAGAGGCCCACGAGCGACCCUGACGCGGCAGCCCACAGAAGGACGCUCAAGAGAAGGUGGCUUGCGGCUCGGCGAGAUGGAGCGCGACUGUCUCAUUGGCUACGGCGCAACGCAGCUCUUAUUGGAGCGUCUCAUGAUCUCCUCUGACAAGUUUGAAGUCAACGCCUGUCAAGAAUGCGGCCUCAUGGGCUACAAUGGCUGGUGCACGUACUGCCAGAGCUCGAAAAAGAUGGCGCAGCUCACCAUCCCCUACGCUGCGAAGCUGCUGUUCCAAGAGUUGAUGGCUAUGAACGUUGUGCCACGCCUUGUACUGGAUGAUGCUUAA